CUUUUUUACCGAUUCUUUCUUCACAAUCUCAUGCUUCAUAGGCCGGGCAUUUAGUGUUAUGUCUCAAUUUAAGUCAGAAAAACCUGUUAUUGCAGUGCAGUCACACUGUUUCGCUUAUCGCUGUUUCUAUGCGCGCGAAGAACCAACCUUAUCAGGAGCCAUUAAUGUUACUGAAGUACUAACACCCGCGUAUAAGAACCUACUUCAGUCUUAAGUCUUGCAAAAUAGUUUUUGUUGUAUUCUGGGGCACUUAUUUAAUUAGGUUCUUAUUUUCUAUGAAGGAGAUAUGAUAGUUGUUGACUAUAAGAAAAUGAAAGAGAUUUGAGUUUUGUCCUUAAAUAUCAGAGGCUCCCAACGUCAAUUUUCGGAAAAUAUCUGUUCGGAAGACGGUAUGAGAUCUAGAAUUUUCGGAACAUUUGCUGUAAAAUUUCUUGCUUGCCUGCCUCUACAAUGAUUUUCGAACAUCUAAAAAAUGGUAUAAUUGCCCAUUUUUAACGGAUUUUUACCCUAAAAAGGUCACCUAGAAUUUCGUUAGCCUUUUUUUCGGGCUGAAAUUUUCGAAAAGGUAAGUUUUGAUCCCUAUAAUUUUCGGGUCACAAGACUUUCGUUAGGAAAUGCGAGCAGAUGAAAAAUUAUAAGGGAUAAAAAUAUGCCUAUAUCUACCGUUUAAAUACUAAAAUACGUUUAACAAUGCUAUGUUUAAGUGGUUUUGAACUAUAUUCUCGUUGGGUGCCCCUGAAAUAUACAAUAUUCAUUCACAAACUGUGCACGACCUCCUUUAUGCGAGGCCCAUGAAGACAAGGCAUCGAUUAGGCUUCUUGGAAACAUUUUUUCCAAUACUUAUAUAGUUAAAAAAUGUAUACCAAUUUGAAAUAUAAGAAAAGAAAUAUCCACACAAAAAAAAAUAAUAAGCCAAGUUUGGAUUUUUUUUUUUUUACUUUAUUAUUAUUCGGCUAUCAUAACAGUGUUGUUAGGGUGAGCACAAAAGUUCGAUGUGUAAUAUAUUAGUUGAGCAAUAGAAAACGUUUCCCGUGUCUUCAUAGCCUGAUAUAAACACGAGAGGGGUUGGGAGAAUUCUCGACAGUUAUGCAAACCUGAGACGAAGUCGAGGGUUUGCAUAACUGUCAAGAAUUCUCCCAACGCCUCGAGUGUUUCUAUCAGGCUACGCAAACACAGCAAAAACGUUUUCUAUUGCUCAUUAUGAAAUAACUUUCCCGAAACAAAACGCAAAACUCUUUGCAUGGCACUGAUUAAAAGAGAAAUUCUUACCAGUCGCAAAGUCUUGUCUACGAAGUCUUGCACGCGUAAUCAGUUCUUGUUUUGCAAAAAGAUGCUUUCCAAAAUACGGACUUUUCUCGCUUAAAAUGUCAGCUUAAUUGAAAAAAAAGUGACACUUUCUUUGUGACGAUUUUCCAAGUUUCAGCCGACGAAGGAAUGGGUAUAGUAAAUAAAGUAAACUUGUCGAGUUUUGAACUCGAAAACUUUUUCAAAUUCGUGCUCGCGUGAUUAGCACGCGAAAAGCAAAACAUCUUGACCAGGGCGGAUAAAGGUUACAUUUAUCCGCCCUGAUCUUGACGCCACAACCAUGUUUACAUACUCUCAUACAAACACUCCUAUCGACCAAUCAGAGCGCGCGUACUAUUUUAGCUAUUUUAUAAAGACCUGUUUACAUGGAGGUGGGGGACCCCAAGCAGGUGAGGUAAAAUAUGGCGGGUCACCCCACCUAUCAUGUAAACGUGAUCAAAUUAAAAUGAGAGAUUAUAUGGACAAACGGGCUACCUCCCUAAGCGGGUUACCUCAGCUACCUGGGGACCCCACCUCCAUGUAAACAGGCCCUAAAUUGUAAUGGUACAUAGUUGCGUGCAAUAUGCCUUGCUGAUAUUCGCUCUAUAAAAAGACAAUUAUUUACGCUUACAAUUGUUGAGCUUUAAAAUGGCAAGUACACUGCGUUUAAGGGCCUGUUUACAUGGAGGUGGGGGACCCCAAGCAGGUGAGGUUAGAUGAGGCGGGUCACCCCACCUAUUAUGAAAACGUGAUCAAAUUAGAAUGAGAGAUAAUAUGGACAGGCGGGUUACACCCCUAAGCGGGUUACCUCACCCACCUGAGGUCCCCCACCUCCAUGUAAACAGGCCCUAAAAGACCCGGAUACUUGAUAAUGUGCUCGGUAGAGCUCAAUGACCUAUUUUAAAGGCAGCGAUAAUCAGCAAUGAGGCCAUCUUAUAAACCGGAACAGAGAAGGCGGUAAGAUUGGUUUUACGCUCUGACCUUUUUUAGGUUUCAUAGCUGACAUUUUUUUUUUAUGAACUAAAAGUUGCAUGGAAUCAUCAUCAUAGUUUGUAUUACAUUAGGGAUUAUAAGAUCCAACGACGUAACGACAUCGAAAACGUCGCCUAAAAAAGAUGAAUUUGCGUUCGUUCAGUCUUUAUCGCAACUAUUCCUACCCACUUACUUUGUCAAAUGAAGGAGAACCCUCCUGGAGUUAAAUUCCUAGGGAUAAUAUCCAAGUUCAGAACGAGAAAUUAAAUUUCGUCGUUGCUUGUUUACGUUCUCCAUAAAACGCGAAAUUAGGCAUUUUCACGUCGUAGUCGUGCAAAAACGGGAAAAGAAAUGUACAAAAAAGUGUGAUGCACGUGCAUGGUUGUUGUUUUGCUCAUAAAACCUAUAGGUUUUCGACGUUCUCGUUGCCGCCCGCGUUGUUGGCUCUUAAAGUCCAUGUUAUCACAGACUGACAAAAGCGGAAUUAACUAUAUAAUAGCACCCCUCCUACCCUUUGUCGAAAAGAAGCGAGUAGAAACAGGUAGAUUUGUUGCUCGCAAAGUAGCAACAAAUGGGGAUGCCGGAGGUGACAAGGGGUGCUCUCCAUUCAACAAAAAUUACGGUUUGAAAUUUCGGAAAUUUCACGUGCCCAAUGGAACGGUACAUUCCGGUUGCAAAGACCUGACCCAAGCCUUCGCUUUUAGUUACUGUUCUUGUAAGUAGGAUACAAAAGUGCGGUACUGGGGGUAACAUUUUUUUGUCAAAUGGAAAGGGACAUUUCGGUCCGACCAACCGAAAUGACCAGACCGGUCAAAGUGGACCACCUUCCAAGCUGGUCCCGAAUAUUCCGGUCGGACCAAACCGAAAUGGUCCGUUCCAUUUUAUGUGCCAACCAGAUUCAGUUUUUGUGAUAUCCUAAAUAAUCAAGGUCUCGGUACGUGUACGUCUUGGCUGAUAACACUUAUCUCGACCUUGAUCAUUCCGGAUAUCACAAAAGCUUCAUCAAAUAAUUGUUUAUUAGACGCAAAUUCAUUACUACAGCCUGUAAAAAUCCUAUAAACAUGGUUAUUUGUUUGCAAUUUUUGUUGCGGAAUGAAUGGAAGCUUUCAGCAAGUUUUGACUAGUUAAGGAGACGAAGUAGACCUAACGGAAAUAUUCAUUUAUUUCUCUGAUUUUUAGGUAUAGUUACCCUCCUUUGUUUUAUAUAAGAAUGUUGUUCUUUCGGGCCAAAGUAAAUAUUCCUAUUUUCUGCCGAUUUUCGCCUGAAAAUAUUCUUAUAUUAUACUUGAAUUAUAAUAAAAAAGAAAGAAUUUAUCAUAUCCUUUUAGCGGUUUGUCCAUAUUUUUUUCCCUGUAUACUACAGACAUAUAUUUCAUGUACAGUUCAUCGAACUGUCAUUAGCACGGAACAUUUGGCUAUAACCAAUGCAGGUUUCUGCGUUUUGUUGGGUAUUUUUGCCGUGGAAGGAAGCAAUAAUUUGGUACGGCUAAGUUAAUAACAUAUUUUUCAGAUUUUCAUCACUCAAAAUAAUCCUCCUUUUUCGGGUUUAUUCUUAAAAUAUUCUUAAAAUUUUGAAAGUUUCAGCCUCAUUAUUCUUAUAAAAUAGAUUCUUUUAGGAAAAAAAGAAAGAGUGUAUAACCCUUACGAUACUGUUUUCCUCACAGAUCACAGAAAGAGCCAAGAGAUGUUUUCUUCGACUGUUACUGCCUUCUUAAUUGUCAUCUAUACAUUGGAGGCAUUCGUUAUCAUUGUUGGAAACACGUUCACAAUAAUUGUCUUCUGGACCCAGCGAUCCCGAUUAAAGCGAACAUAUUCCAUUCUUAUUAACCUCGCAGUUUCUGAUCUGCUUGUGGGAAUUGCCGAACCAAUUGUGCUGGGCACAGCGAAGAUUGCUAAGAUGACGGCCAUUCCAGGUAAAGAGAAAAGUUUUACAAAUCCAACAUUUGCACUUCAAGUUCUUGCGUCGAGUACUUCAGUGCUUUUUCUCGCGCUUAUUUCCUUGGAACGUGUUUAUUCCGUUUUGUGGCCUGUUCAUCACCGCACGACUAGCACUCGGUCUUACAUUUUCGUCAUAACCGCUGUCUGGGGUCUUGGAUUCUGCUUCUUUGGGCUGUCUGUAUUAUCCUUAUAUCAUACCAAAAUAGAGAGAAAAUACGUUAUUCUAACCAUUCAUGCGUGCCUUUUCAUAGCACUAUUAGCGAUUUGUGGAAGCUACCUUCAAAUACGUAGAAAAUGGCGCUCAAACGUCAUUCCUGGUGAAGAGAUGCACGCUCGCCAGACAGCUGAACGCAACUUACGACUGUCAAGAACAGUUUUCAUAGUUAUCGCUGUGUCACUGGUGUUUUGGUUGCCAGCGACUAUUGUGUACACUGCCAGACCAUUUUGCCGCCCACCAUGUGUUGGACCGAUUGUAAUGUCGCUUGUAAAUGUUCUUCAUCUGGCAAAUUCUAUGGUCAAUCCGAUCGUCUACAGCUUUAGAAUGGUAAUAUUCAAGGAUGCUUUGAAGAAAUUGUCGAGAAGA